AAAAUAAGAAAAAAAGAAUCCAGUUUGAACUUUUCAUUUGAAUUGAAUGACUCUAAAAUAAAUUAGUUUUUCAUUAAUCUUUGAAUAAUUACACCCUUUCUCAAAAUCGGUGGCCAAAAGUGGAAUUUAAAGAAAAAAGUUACCUAUCAAUUGAUUGUAGUGAUAAUUAUUUUGUCGAAUUUGAUUACUAAUGAACCAAUCACGUGCCAAUCAUUUAACUGGAACAUUUGUUCAUUCAUCAUCAUUUUUCGUGUUGGCAAAUCGACAGUUAUGUCAAAUUGAUUUUCGCUCAAGUUUCAUUUACUUAAGUGUGACACGAAAUUAUUAAACUUAGCAAAUUUGAAUCUGUGCCCUAAAUCCAAAUUUGAGAAUCAUGGAUGAAAGCACUCCGCAAACAUCAUCAAGCAAUGCUGUUGACCAGACACGGCCACAAGGCAAUGCUCCACGAUCAAAUAGUGAAAACUCAAACUUUCGUACAACUGGCAGCAAUUCAUCAUCGGGUAGCAGUGGAUAUGGUGGAAAAGCGAUAUUAUCAACAACAGCUGAAAAAGAUAUAAACAGAACCAUGGAAGACAGUACGUCUAAAACAGAGAUUGCAAAUGCUGUUGAUUCAGCGUAUUCACAAAGUAACAGUCGCUCAUUGAGCAGUGAGAGUUCACAAUGUCAAAUGCGCGGAAGUAAUUCAUCGGGCAGCAGUGGAUACGGUGGCAAGCAAUCACAAUCAAUAUCAGUGGCUCAAGCUGAAAAUAGUGCGAGUAGCGGCAAUAGUGCUGAGCUGACAACGAUAAAAGAAAUGAAACGUAGCAAAAAUAAAGGACGAAAAAAGAAGGCGAAAACAAAACAAAUACAGAUUCGUCCAAUCGAACCGGUCCAAGAAAUAAAGUCACAACCAACCAACGACAAAGCUACGUCACCGGCAUUCGAACCACAGACUACACUCACUUCAGGCACAAAUAAUCUAGAAGAAGUACCAUCAAAUACUGAAAAUAAAAUUAAUCGGAUCAUUGAAAUUGCGCCGGAAAAACAAACGACAGAACCUGAUUCUUUGCAGAAGGAAAAACCAUGUGAUAAUAAACCAAUUCAAGAUACCAUACCCUUGAAUUCAUCUGAAUCAAAUGAAGUCUCCGAUCAAAAUACAGAUGAAUUCAAUUCGACUAUGGAUAAAUCAGCCGGUUCACCAAAUGAUUUAGAGGUUGAUAACAUUUUAUCACAAACUACCGAUCAUCGAACAGUCAAUCCGAGUCAAGAAAGUUUUUGUUGUGCAAUAUCAAUGCACGAUGGCGUAAUACUGUCCACAACGGCUAAUCUUACCGAUAGUCUUGGAUUUCCAAAAGACAUAUGGCUGGGUCGGGCAUUCAUCGAAUUUAUUCAUCCAAAAGAUCGGCCAACUUUUGCUAGUCAAAUUACAUCUAGCUACAUUGAUCAUAUUUCAUUGAAAGAAGGCUAUUUACGACAAAGUAGUUUCGAGAAAACUCCAUUGUACGUACGACUGAGAUGCUAUCGUGGUUUCGAUACAUGUGGAUUCGCUGUUAAAAAUAAACCAAUUUCCUACAAACCAUUUAAGUUGAUAUUCCGUAAAGCACCUGAAAUGCCGUCGAGUUCUGUUUCAGCAUCGGAUGAUAAUUAUGGUCUUCGCAUCAUUUGUGCCAUUGCAUUGUCCACCAUCUACAAAGUUCCCGAUGAAGCCAUGAAAAAUCAGAAUGCGAAAUUUUCCACACGUCACACGGCUGCUGGUAUUUUAGUCCACAUCGAUGGCUGUUCAGUGGCUGCAGUUGGUUAUAUGCCACAAGAUAUUAUCGGAAAAUCAAUUUUGGAUUUUUUUCACCCAGAAGAUAUGAUACUAUUGAAAACGGCUUACGAAAUGCUUAUGAAAAAUACAAAAGUGUCGGAUGGACGUGUAUCGGCGCCUCCAUAUCGUUUUCUUAUCAAAAACGGAAGCUACAUCACAUUGGAAACGGAAUGGACAAGAGUUUUUAAUCCAUGGUCGAGAAAACUGGAAUUUGUAACUGGGGAUCAUUGCGUAUCAAGAGGUCCAAAGUACUGUGAUAUAUUCACAAAAACCGGAAAGUAUGCGUGCAAAUUUCCCAACGACAUUUUGGAAAAAGCAGUCAAAUUGAAAGUAGAAUUACUCAAGUUAUUGUCAGAGCCGGUGCCAUAUCCAUCGGAUAGUGUUAAACAACAGGUGUCAAAGCGUUGUCAAGCGUUGGCCCAUUUCAUGGAGAGUUUAUUGAUUGGCGUCAAAAAGCAAGAGUUAAAAUUGGAUUUGGAAAUGGAAUGCGAUGCGGCCGCAUCUGAACAUGGAUCAGUAAUGCUUGGCGAAAUUUCACCACAUCAUCAUAGUAAUCAUGACGAUAGCAAAACUUCAUCAGAAACACCGCCGACCUACAAUCAACUGAAUUACUUUGAAAAUCUAAAUCGUUUUUUCAACAGUGUUCAACCGACAUUCGUACCGAACGAAUUUAAAUCGCUUCCAUAUCAGAUUGAUCAUGUGCCAAUGAAUGAAAAAGAUCGAAUGCUAAGUCCGAUUCAACAAUGUGGCGAAGAAAGUGGUGGUUCAUUUAAUUCGAGCAGCGACAGCCCACAAUAUGAAAGCACAAAUACCAGCAACACCAGUAACAAUGAAACAAAUAAAAAAAAUGUGGCGGAGCUGACCGAAGCGCUAGUUUCACGCCACACCGACCAAAUGGAAGUGCAAAUGGUAAAAAAUCAUAAAAAGUAUCGCACCCGAAUUAUUGAUAAGAAAAAAGCACCAGACAAAUGCACUAGUCCGGCAACACGAAAUCAACCGAUUAAACGUAGCUGGCCAAACGAUUCGGGAAACGAAAUGACGAAAAAUUCAAAGUCACAAAAUCAGCAUGAACAUCGAUACCCAUCGAAUGGGACAGCCAAAAACGCACAAAACGAUGAAUCAAAAGCACAAACGAAAAAACUAGAAAAUUCCAAUAAUGAUAAGCGAUCGAGUACAAAUCAUGCAAUUGGUAACAAAGUGCAAGCCGUUCAUUUAUGGCCCCCAUUUUCGGUGAAUGCCUCAACCACUCAAAAUAGCGUUCUAACCAAUACUAUGCCGAAAAGUUACAAUCAAUUUUUACUUUCGAAUCAUUUCUCCACACCGCGAUAUUAUAUGUCACCGAUAAAUUCGAAUGGCAUUUUAAAAUCGGAACCGAAAUUAAAUGACAACGUGGCUGAAAAUGUGAAAUUUCAACCGAAUGGAAGUUCGACCAAUUUACCGAAUCCGUAUGCACUUAACUAUAUGAAAAAUUCAAUGCAUCAGUCACGACCGUUUGUCCAUCAAAAUAUGACUUAUCCAUAUGCACCGACUGGAUACCAACCACUGCUCAUGCCACAAAAAAUGAUUACCACAACACAGGCUGGUGACGAAACCAAUGUUUCGCUAACACCAUCAACAUCGCAUCAUGCCAUUUGGAAAAUGCCCAAUCAACAACCGAACAUGGUGCUAUAUAAUAACAUUGAAAAUGUCGAACCGGUUAAUUUGUCGACAAACACCGGCGAAAAGACACCAAAAUUAUUGGUUAAACCAUGGGCAAAUAUGAAAGAGGUCAACAACGAAGAGUUGGAUGCAUCGAAUUCUAGUUUUAGCUCAAGCUUUUUCGAUUCACAACAUCGCACCGAUGAAUCAUGGGAGUCGGAUAAAACGUCGAAGGACGACACAAUGGCCGCCAGUAAAGAAAAUCAAACAACCGAUGAGUUUGAAAAAUGUGCGAAGACUUCGUCACUUCCAUACUGGAUGAAAAAUAUCGAAGUGACGCCCGAUCUCAUCUUCAGAUAUCAACUGAGAGCCAGAGAACUCGAAGACACACUGCAGGCAGAUAUGCGAGUUCUGAAAGAUAUAAAUCAGCCGGGCAUGGUGAACGAGCAGUUGGAUCAAUUGUAUUUUGAAUUGGAUUUGGAAAAUCAAGGCAAAGUAGCCACAAUAGCUCUAGGCGAUACACCCAGCAACAGCAGUGAAGACGAAGAAAAUAUGUCGAAAAAUCGAAAAAAUACUCAUUUCAGUCAAAUGUCUUUGAUAUACGAAGAAAAUGCACCACUUGAGAUGUGAAUUUUUCUCCCACACAGUUGCAUUAACUUCGGAAGUUGACAAACCAAAAGGGCUAGUUUUCAAUACUUCGAAAUUUUUAAGGGGACAGUUUCGUCUCAUUGCAAAUGUAAAGAGCAUGUUAUAUUGCUCAAAAGUGCA